AACGCACAAUCGAGAACCGCGAUUGUAAGCCAUUAACGCUCAUUAAAAGAACGCACGAAAACGCGUUUGUUGGCGUUUUUUGUAACUUUAUGGGCGCUAAAACGUAUUAUUUUUAAGUUCUAGAAUAAUAGUACGUUUUAACGCUCAAAAACGGGAAUUGUCGCCGUUUUAACGCCCAUGAAGUUACAAAAAACGCGUUUUCAUGCGUUUUUUAAAUUAGCGUUAAUGGCUUACAAUCGCGGUUCCCGAUCGUGUGUUUAAACGUGUUUUUCAAAAUUUUUGUCUGACUGGGUAGUAUUCAUUAUAAGUUAAAAAUCAUUUUCUUUUUAAAAUAUUUAUAGAUGACAUUUUAUCAACCUGAAGGUGAUCGAUAUAAAAUUUUAUAUGAAGAACGUGUAAUUAAUUCACAAAUUAAAUUACACGGUUAUGACCUUAAAGAUGCAAAAGUUGUGAUUAAAGCACGAGAAAAUGAAAAUUGUCUACGAACCGAAGAUAUUGUUGAUAUACUUCGACGUGAAGGUCAUUCAAUUGCUCUUGUCAUGAUUGGAGGAGCAGAUUAUUAUACAGAUCAAUUAUUUGAUAUUGAAACUAUUACACGUAUUUCUCAUGAACAAGCAUGA